AUUUUGGAGCGGACUUAUACAAAGCGAGCAAGUUGAGGGAAGCGCAGCACACGGACGUCUGUCAGGGCUGGAAAUGCGUUUUAGUGGUCGUACGUGAGCAUCUCUGGUCCAGAAGAAACAUUUCAUAAUCAUGGAACUGGAAGAGAAAUCAAAAUACGGUGAGCCCAGGAAGCAUGACCCGAGCUUCAGGGGCCCAAUCCAGAACAGGGGCUGCACAGACAUUGUUUGCUGCAUUCUGUUCAUUAUUGCCAUACUUGGUUACCUUGCAGUGGGAAUACUCGCCUGGUCCCAGGGUGACCCAAGAAAGGUGAUCUACCCCACAGACAGCCGAGGCCAGUUCUGUGGACAGGCUGGCACUCCACUCGAGAAGAAGCCCUUUUUGUUCUACUUCAACAUCAUGAAGUGUGCCAGUCCCAUGGUGCUGCUGGAGUUCCAGUGCCCAACCACACAGAUGUGUGUGGAGAAGUGCCCUGAUAAGUUCAUGACAUUAAUCAAAGCAUACGCUGUCAAUAGUGACUUUGCCUACUAUAAAAACUUCUGUGAAGAAGGAGUGACCAACACAAUGGGUGUUGCAGAAAUCCUUAAGCAACGUCUCUGUCCUGCAAUGCUGCUUCCCAGCAAACCCUUCACCCGCAGGUGCUUCCCAGCUUUGGGCAUGAAAGGAGGGGUGAUAACUGUGGGAAACAGCUCCACAUUUAAUGAUGGAAAUGAAAUUAGAAACGCCCAAGACCUUGUUGCUGGUGUACAGAAUGCCACUGUGGUAAUGGAAGCUCGUCAGGUGGUGAUGAAAAUCUUUGAGGAUUUCACACAUUGCUGGUACUGGAUCCUCUUGGGAUUGGUUAUUGCCAUGAUCAUCAGCCUCCUCUUCCUCAUCCUCCUCCGCUUCCUGGCAGGGAUCAUGGUCUGGGUCAUGAUUGCCAUGUUGGUAGCGGUGAUAGGCUAUGGUAUCUUCCAUUGCUACAUGGAGUAUGCGGCCCUGAAAGGAGAGGCUGGCGCUAAUGUGACUAUCAAGGAUCUGGGCUUCCAGACAGAUUUCACAGUCUACCUGCAAAUUAGACAGACCUGGCUGGCCUUCAUUAUUAUUCUAGCCAUUGUGGAGGUCAUCAUCAUUUUGCUGCUCAUCUUCCUUUGGAAGAGGAUCCUCAUUGCCAUUGCUCUUAUUAAAGAAGCCAGCAGAGCAAUUGGACAUAUGUUGUGUUCCCUUUUCUACCCACUGUUUACAUUCCUCCUCCUGGCUGUGGUCAUUGCCUACUGGGGAGUAACUGCUGUUUUCUUGUCCACGUCCAAUCAGCCUAUCUACAAAAUCUUCAAUGAGACAAAUUGUGACUACUCGAGACAAACGUGUGACCCAGCUAACUACUCGACGAGUCCCAUAAAAGCCCAGUGUCCUGACUCGAAGUGCCUUUUUGCUUUCUACGGUGGAGAGACCCCUUACCACAAAUACCUAAUUGCCCUGCAGUUCUACAACGUCUUCCUCUUCUUUUGGUGUGCCAAUUUUGUCUUGGGACUGGGACAGAUGACCCUAGCUGGGGCGUUUGCUUCUUACUACUGGGCUGCCAAAAAGCCAGAUGACAUUCCUGCUUUCCCAGUGUUUUCUUCUCUUGGGAGAUCUCUCAGGUAUCACACAGGGACUCUGGCAUUUGGCUCCCUUAUCCUCUCCAUCAUCCAGAUCAUCAGGGUUUUGCUGGAGUAUCUGGACCACAAGCUGAAAGGAGCCCAAAAUAAGUUUGCAAAGUUCCUGUUGUGCUGUCUGAAGUGCUGUUUCUGGUGUCUGGAGAAAUUCGUCAAGUUCCUGAACAGAAAUGCGUAUAUUAUGGCGGCGAUCUAUGGCAAAAACUUUUGCACCUCUGCCAGAGACGCCUUCUUCCUCCUCAUGAGGAAUGUGAUCAGGGUGGCUGUGCUGGAUAAAGUGACAGAUUUCAUUUUAUUUUUGGGCAAACUGCUCAUUGUUGGGCUUCUGGGGGUCUUUUCCUUCUUCUUCUUCUCUGGGAGAGUGAAAGCCUUUCAGAAUACAGCUCCAACCCUGAACUACUACUGGGUACCCAUCCUGACUAUGGUGGUUUGCUCAUACCUCAUCGCCCAUGCAUUCUUCAGCGUGUACUCCAUGUGUGUGGACACUCUGUUCCUGUGUUUCUUGGAGGAUUUGGAGAGGAAUGACGGCAGCCCGGAGAGGCCCUACAUGAUGUCCGAGAAGCUCCUCAAAAUCCUGAAAAAGAAGAACAAGACUGACCCUGCUCUGUAGACCACUCCAUGUAGUAGCGUACGCCUUAGCGGGGUGAGAUCGUGGGCUAAAGACAGCUGGGGUUUUGUUGAGUUUGAAGUUGGAUAACAAGUUCACACAGACCUAAAAAUGUCCACAUUUCCACAUCUUGUUUCUUGCUGAAAGCAUCAUGAAGUCUGGCAGGUUUUGUGGAUUUUAAAAACGUAGAGACUGCACGUUUAUCAACUGAAAAAGAAAAAUGAACAAACAUGUUAGUGGUAUGUAGAAUUCUUGUUUUUUGUCAUGUUUUACUGUUAAUAUUUGAGUAGUACGGGAAGGUACAUAUAAAGGGUCAUCUGCUACAGUUUUGUAAUAUGAUCUGUUUUUAUUCUUGUAUUUUUUUUUCUUUUAAAAUAUCUAUAAAUAUGUAUAACUUGUGUCAUAAUUGAAUUAACAGUUAACCAUGUAGGCAUCAAAGCCAUUACCCCAGCAGUCAGGUAUACAUAGUGCUUUUAUACCACUUUGCCUAAAGCAUCUGGUGCUGCGGCGUUCCUGUCAUCAGCAGCCAUAUGGAAAUAUAACCAAAAGCAAAAAAACCUUGUAUCUUGAUAGAUGUGCUGGUUCGGAUGAGGGGAUUUUUUUUUAUUUUUAUUUUUUUAUAUCAUUUUUGUGAAGCUGAACUGUUUUCAAAUAAAGCAUAGUUUUCUAUAAAAA